AUGGGGAAAUUCUACGGCCUCAAAGGCACGAAGCUCAAUAUUGCCAUUGCUGUAAUUGCAGGCACAGAUUUUGCUCUCUUCGGCUAUGAUCAAGGUGUAAUGGGCGGUUUGCUCACAUUGGGCUCAUUCAUCAGAUACUUCCCUGAGAUUGAUAGCGUCAACCCACCACCAGGUAGUUCAACAAGCCAUGCUGCAACCAUCCAAGCUAUCACAGUCGGUGCCUACACGCUGGGCUGCUUCUUCGGCGCAGUGGCAACCAUUUGGCUCGGCAACUUGCUUGGACGCAAGAAGACAAUCUUCAUCGGCAGUGCUAUCAUGAUCGUAGGAGCCAUUCUCCAAACAGCAUCUUACGGCCUCGCACAACUUAUCGUCGGACGAUGGAUCACCGGUUUCGGAAACGGCAUGAACACAAGUACAGUUCCAACAUGGCAGUCAGAAACAUCGAAACCACAUCGCAGAGGCCAAAUGGUCAUGAUUGAAGGAUCCAUGAUUGUCUUCGGUGUAAUGCUUAGCUACUGGCUCGACCUAGGUUUCUCCUUUCUCGAGCCGAGCAGCAUCGCCUGGCGCUUUCCGAUUGCGUUCCAGAUCAUACUCGCCCUGUUCAUCCUUGUCAUGAUCCCAGGCCUUCCCGAGAGUCCACGUUGGUUGGUGCUCAAGGGCCGAGAGCAGGAGGCAUUGGAAGUCUUGGCUGCGUUGAGUGACCUUCCCAUGGACGACAAGAGGGUCGAAGCAGAAUUCCAGGCUGUAAAGGACGUCACCCUGGAGAUGUCGCGAGGUGGCUUCCGAGACUGCUUCAAGAUGAACAAGAACCGCAACUUUCACCGCACAGUGCUGGCGUAUGUCAACCAGAUGUUCCAACAGAUUUCGGGUAUCAAUUUGGUAACCUACUACGCCGCAACUAUUUUCGAAAACUCUAUCGGUCUCUCGCCCUUCCUCAGUCGUCUCCUAUCCGCAUGUAACGGCACCGAAUACUGGAUGGCGAGUUGGAUCGCCAUCUUCACGAUUGAGAAGUUUGGACGCCGCUCUUUGAUGAUGUUUGGUGCUGCUGGCAUGUCAAUGUCCAUGGCUGUCCUCGCAGGCGCAACCAGCAACAUUGGUAACACAAGCUUGGGCCUACUCGCUACCGUCUUCCUCUUCGUCUUCAACUCCUUCUUUGCCAUCGGCUGGCUCGGCAUGACAUGGUUGUAUCCCGCAGAGAUCACACCCCUCUCCAUCCGCGCCCCCGCAAACGCCAUCUCCACAACAGCCAAUUGGAUCUUCAACUUCCUCGUCGUAAUGAUCACCCCGCCUGCAUUCGCAAACAUCGGCUACCAAACCUAUAUCAUCUUCGCCGUCAUAAACGCCGCAAUGGUGCCCUCGGUCUACUUCUUCUUCCCUGAAACCGCUUACCGCUCCCUCGAAGAAAUGGACGAGAUCUUCCAUAAAGCAACGGAUCCGUUUAAUGUGGUGGGUAUUGCGCAUAACUUGCCACAUCGAUACGGAAAGAAGGGAGAGCUCCUUAUUGAUUAUGCGGAUACGGAGCAGGCGCAUGAUGCGGAGAGGAGGAGGAGCUCAGUUGUGGCUGUGCAACCAAUGAAUGGAGGUGUGAUGGCGAAGGACGAUGAGAAAGAGCUUAGGGAGCAUGUGGAGAACGGAGGAAAGUAG